AUGCCCCGCAAUGGUCGUGACCAGCACCGAGAAUCGCAUGCUCAAAACACCAACGAGUUCGAGACGAAGGAUAGAGAGCCUGCAGUAUCGUCUGCUACAACGAUCACAGAUCCACAACAAUCAGGUCUGCCGCAUGUGACCAAGCUUGUCAUUGGAUUCGUAUCGGGUGCGUCUAUCAAGAACCUAGUCACGAGUUAG